AUGGAUAGCGCUGAUGAUAAAAGAAAGGACAUUCCGUUAUAUUGCAUGUACCAAGGCCCAGGACCGGCCUACAACCUGAGAACAUGCAUCGGAAUGAAGAAUCACUGUCCAACAUUGAAGCAGGGCCCUGCCUAUUCAAUCGGACACAGAACAAUGGAAAAACACGAAGAGAAACCAGGUCCAAUAUAUUGGUACGACCCUAAGCUAACCUCGCACGGUAAGGUGCAUGUGCCCGCCUGCUAUAUUGCCGGCAGGCCAAAAAAUAAACCCUCUGCUGAGAGCCUGCCUGGCCCGGGUGAUUACGACCUGACAAAAACCAAAACCGGGAUUUUGAGCAACGAGCAUCGAGCGCCGAAGAUUUCAAUCGGCCAAAGACCGAAGUGGACCGAAAAAUCGAACGCCCCACCUCCCAACAAGUACGACGUGACCACAGGGAUUGGGACUCGAUCUCAGACCGCUCCCAUUGCUCCCUCUUGGAGCAUCGGCACGAGAACAGAUUUCGGUAGCACGAGUUACAUGGCCUUGAAAGGAGCCACGCCAGGGCCUGCCAACUACUCUACUGUCAAGCCGGGUGUGUACAAACCCUCUCACAACGGAUUUUCGAUCCAGGGCCGAACGGCACAAAAGCAGUACAUCUCCGUCAGGGACAACCCCGGACCCAACACGUACGAUCCGCAGAACGCCUACAAACAUCUCACGAAGAAGAAUGGAUUUACCAUGGGAAUCAAACACUCAAAAUACGUCAUGCCUCUUAUUGACACUACAAUUGUGUGA